AUGUCCAUUACUCUACUCCACAUUACAUGCCAAAACACCAGGGGAACUCAGAAGAGCGGAGGGACUGGAACAAGAGGGAGAGAGGAUCCUGAGGGCCUGUACUUCCAUUGUGUCUUAUUAGUUAACUUACUUGUUGGGGUUAAUCAGGUGGUGCCUUGCUAUAAAAGAGCAAUCGUUCAUCCUAUCGCCACCUUCACUCACGGUCGUUUCUUCUGCCACCGCUCCAGCUAUGUCGGUCGAAUCUGGUUCCACGUACAAGAUAAGAAACGCAAAUCUGGGACAGUCUUAGACCUCUCUGGAGUUGAUAACAGAGCCAUAAUUGGAUAUCCCGACCACAACGGCGCUAACCAACAGUGGAUCCUUACCUGGACCGGUCGCUCCUGGACUUUCCGUUCAGUGUCUUCGCAACAAUACCUUGGGCUUGACGGUUCUUCAGGCAAUGGUACCAAGCUCUUAGCCAUCGCUGAGCCAUUUGAGUGGCACAUUUGGCACGACGAGAUCGAUCCGACCACGUUCCGGGUUUUUGCCCCAAACACUACGUACAACUUUGACUUGUGGAACUACCGAGAUUCCGUUCCAGGAGACCCGAUUAUGCUCUGGACCAAGUGGAACGGUCUGCACCAGACGUGGCGGUUUGAGCGUGGUGCGCAGGCCACUAUCAGCCAUUAA